AUGAAUUCAGUUUUUUCUGAAUUGAAACCGCUCCAAAAACGUUUCACUUUAGAUAGCAGGGUUAUUUGGGUAGAGGUGAAAGGUCUCCCUUUAUGUGCUUGGACACCACCUGCAUGUAAAAAGGUGGCAUCAAGAUGGGGAGAUCCAAUUUUCAUUAAUGAUGAUGAAGAUGCUCCUGCUGGGGUGGGGAGAGUUUGUUUAAAAACAACCAAUAUGAAAAAAGUGUCAGGAAAAGUAAAUGUAGAUACUGAAGGUAUGAUGUUCAUGGUCACAAUUGAUGAAGUUUCUGAUUGGUCUCCAACUAUAUUGGUGGGUGAUACUCAAGAAGAGGAAGAUAGUGAUGAAGAUUCUCAAUAUGAGUUGGAAUCUGAGAAUGAUGUUGGUGUGGAAGAAGGCAAAGGUGAUAAUAUUCAUUCUUUUGAAAGUCAAUCUUUUGAGGGUGAACAAGAGGGAGGGGUGGACCUCGAGAACUUGGUAGAGAAAGAUCUUUAUAAAGCGGAAGAAAGAGAAAAAGGUAUUGUAGAGGAGGUGUCAUCUGAAACCAAAGGUACUGAAAAAAUGAAACUACAAAGAUGGGGGGAUGAAAUAGAAAAUGAAAAUUUUGUCAUGGAACAAGUUAGUCAACCUAUUUCAAAUGUGAAGGAAAGGGAUAAUAUUGUGGACAUUACUUCAAAUGGUUCUAGACCUCCCGGGUUUGAAGAUUAUAACCUAGAUAAAGGGGGUAAAAGGUCUCAAUUCUCCUCAAAUUAA